AUGCCGUCGCACGCUGCCACUGCUCACGGGCAGGUGAUCGAGUACAUUCAGGAAUAUGCAGACACUCAUCCUGCGACUUUCACAGACCGUCUUUAUCUCGCCUCGUACUCCUCCGCGCCAGAUCCCUAUGGCCCCCCUCCGUUCCCUUCCCAACAGUCGUCAUCGCCAUCAAAGCGUUCCAAGGCUUCACAGAGUCCCGUGAGGGCACCGAAACGGAAGCUACCCGUGUACUUUACUGUGGACGAUACUCUGCUGUACAACGCAUUCCAUGCCGAUUUUGGCCCCCUCCAUAUCGGCCACCUAUAUAGAUUUGCCGUGCAUUUCCACGAGAUCCUCGGCGAUCCCGCCAAUACCGACAGAGCUGUUGUUUUCUAUAGCAAACCAGACGGCCGAAGUCGCGCGAAUGCCGCGUGCUUGGUCGCAUGCUACAUGGUUUUGAUUCAGUCAUGGCCGCCACACCUGGCACUGGCCCCCAUCGCUCAGGCGGAUCCCCCAUACAUGCCUUUCCGAGAUGCGGGAUACAGCCAAGCGGACUUUAUUCUCAACAUUCAAGAUGUUGUGUAUGGCGUGUGGAAAGCCAAGGAAGAGGCUCUGUGUGCAUUGAAAGACUUUAGUCUCGAGGAAUACGAGAGGUACGAACGCGUAGAUAUGGGCGAUUUCAACUGGGUAACACCACAUUUUAUUGCAUUCGCUUCCCCCCAACAUCAACCAGUGGCGCCAAUUCCUGCCAACACCCCCGAAUACGCAGCUUUGCCUUCAACUCUCUCGCAAGUCCAAGCGUCGAAACUGCCGGUCUCGUUUAAAAACGUGCUUUCACAUUUCUCAUCAAGAAACGUCGGACUGAUAGUGCGGCUAAACUCGGAGCUUUACUGUCCGUCUUACUUCACCGCACUUGGGAUCAACCAUAUUGAUAUGAUUUUCGAGGACGGCACAUGCCCUCCGUUGCCAUUGGUUCGACGAUUCAUCAAGAUGGCACAUGACAUGAUCACAGUGCAGAAGAAGAACAUCGCGGUUCAUUGCAAGGCAGGAUUAGGACGCACCGGUUGCCUGAUUGGUGCCUAUCUGAUCUACCGACAUGGAUUUACUGCAAAUGAGAUUAUCGCCUAUAUGAGAUUCAUGCGUCCUGGCAUGGUCGUGGGACCCCAGCAGCACUGGUUGCAUCUCAACCAAGGUGCUUUCCGUGAGUGGUGGUUUGAAGAUACCAUGCGAGAGCGCUUGGCGUUGGCGGCACCGGUUACCCCUGGUCGACAAGUCACCAAGCAACGAUCGAGUAACGGACAGACAGUCACUCCCCCGAACGGCGGCAAUUCACGGCGGGCGGCGCUCGGCGAGAUUGAUAACAAUGAAGCUGCCAACUACCACAACGAUGAAAAUCUGCCUGCACCGACGCCCGGUCAGCCGCGCAAGUCCCAUCGUAAGGACUCACGCCAUCACCCGUAUGCCCGCAACGUAUCCGGAACGCUGGCAGUCAAUAGUGAAUCCGAGAAGGAUCGGUCGUCCCCCAAGCGGACUCAGCGAGCAGGCACUGAGCAAAGCGAAAGUGAAGAAGAAAUCCAGAUGCGCAUGCUUGCCAAACGGGCAUCCCGAUCACCGAGUGCUUCGCCCAAGGCACGAUCGAUCAGCUAUUCUACCACGGUCACUACCAGUUAUGAAGUUCACGAAGACCGGGAAAACUGGGUCGAGUCAGCGGUCGUGACGCAGAAAACGCCAACAAGCAGUAGGAGUCCUAUUGCCGUGGGAAAAGUGCGCGCAAGCCCGCGCCGCGUCACAGAUAGCAAAAGCGAUGCUAAAGGUGUCCGUAAAAUCAGUGGCCGAGUGGGUAGCAUUGGGACUUCAUCUCCGACUAGAGUGAAGUAA